GUUUCUUUUUAUUUUGGGAAGAACACGACCAGCCUUGUUUUUGGUCGGACUACUAUAGUUGAAACACGUUACACCCAUGCAGGCUGUAGGUAUGUCUCGUUCACCGUCAAUCCUGCUGGUGGGAGAAGGGAACUUCUCGUUUUCUGCUGCUUUGUGCCGCUUACCAUCGGAGGUGAGCGUCACGGCCACUUGUCUGCAGCCGCAGGAGGAGGCACUGCGGCAGGAAGGCGCAUCCAUUCACAUGCAGAUUAUAAAGGACUCGGGUGGAAAGGUGCUUUUUGAGGUUGACAGCACAAAGCUGGGGGAAUGUGCAUCCCUGCAAGGGCAAUUGUUUGACCGUGUGCACUUUAAUUUCCCACACUGCGGGAGAAAAAGUGGCGUUAAAAAGAACAGGCAACUUCUUAAAGACUUUUUUCUCAGUUGUGUUCAGGUGUUAGCCGAAGAUGGGGAGGUUCACGUUUCCCUAUGCAACGGACAGGGCGGGACGCCGGCUGACCAGCCUAGGCGAGAGCGGCACAACAGCUGGCAGGUAGUCGCCAUGGCGGCAGAGGCACACCUCGUCCUCAGUGAUGUACGCCCUUUUGAGAGUGACCAAUACCAAAGCUACAAGUGCACAGGAUACAGGAGUCAGGAUAAAGGCUUCCAUUUGGAGAAUGCUUUGCUCCACGUGUUUACUCGCAGCGCCCCCUUCAGCUCCCCUCAAGUGUUUAAAAUGGAAGAAACUGUGGAAGGAGAAAAGGUCCAAUAUAACAUACCAGCAGAACUCACUGAUUACAUGUCUCGGUGCUUUCUCACCUCGGAUUCUGUCCAUCCUGUCAAAUUGGUGCAGGACUUUCUUCUCGAAAAGCUACAGGAAAAGUGGGCGGUCUUCAUGGUGACAGAGACUCUUCCGGUCCUCCUCGGAGCCAAACGGUUGCAUUUGUGCUGCCCUGAUAUAGACCACAUGUUGCUCUACCGGAUUCACAUCUGUCAGAAAGAGCUGAGCUGUGAGGCUUGUACAUCCACAGAUGAGUUGCAGGGUCAGGCCAGUGGGCCUUGUGCUAUCUCAAAGCAAGCGGACAAGGUGUUGAGUAGUAAGGGAGUGGAUGGGAUGAGGUCAUUAUGUUUUCCUGAUGUUGAUCUCAAGGGUGAAACUGCUCUUUAUUUCUUGCGUCCUUCGCUGUGCCCCCUGAUGGAAGCCGUGGUCGCGAAGAAAGAAGAGUGGACCGGUGGCGAGACAGAAACGGAAAAUAAACAUAUUAAAGGAAUUCAUCUGGAGCAGAGUGGGCAUUGGAAUGGUGUGACGAACCUGCUGUAUGGCAUCAGUGGUCUGGUGUUCCGAAAUGUUCCAGUCAACCCCUGGGCUCUGCCCGUCUUCCACGAGUUCCUUCUUACUGGUGUUCUCCCUAAAAAGAACGAGCCAGUAAAAGUCCUUGAGCAAACUUUGGGAGCGCUGCUCGCUCCCUAUGGCAUCGCCAUGGUUACCAAGGAGGAAGGUCUGCAUCUAAUGGCACAGCCAAUGGGUUUCAUCGGUAAAGUACUCACAAAUGACAUCAAUGACGUCAGCCUCCUCAGCAUGACCGUGUCUUUAAAUCUGGACCUCCUCGCCGUGCUCAUGUUCUCACUCCCAGACUGGCGUCUGCUCUGGUCACGUGACCCGCGCUUUUCACAGCAGUUUGUCAUCCGUCCAACACCCGGGACACCUUUUACCGCAUUUUCCCUGUUCCCUGAGCUCUUCAGCUUUGACAUCAGCUUCUGGACCGAGACGGCGUGGGAGGAGAAGAAAUUUUACGCGCUGGUCCGAGUCGCCUCCCGCGGGACUGUGGAGCAUGUUAAACUCAUUGAUAAGUUCUCACAUCCGGACCUGAGCCAGACUAGCUACUGCUACAGGCUGAUUUACCACUCACACACACACGCAUUGUCACACACACAAGCCCUGCAGUUUCACAAACGCUUGGAGUCAUUGCUGUCCGAAUGCUUGGAAGUCACAAUUAGGUAGCAGGUAAUAUUCCUCGGUUUGGCUGCUAAAUGUAAUUUCUUUUGAGAGAGUUGUAAUUACCUGCAAAUUGGAAUCCUAAUAUAAGUCAAAUGUAAAACUGUGUUUUAUUAUGUCGUGUUGUUGAACAAUGACUGUUGUGUGCGCCAAAGUGUGUUUGAGCAUUAUCACCAGAGUGCUCGAAAGCAGUGCUUCUCAGCCUUAAAUCAUCCAAAUCGUGUUUUCCAUCCGAAAAAUCUGACGGCACAAUGUCAAAAGUACUGUAUACAUUAUCUGUACAUCCUGAAUUAAUGAUGAUGAUGUGGUUGUGGGAGAUGGGUUUUUUUUCCUGUGGUGCACAGUGGUUGGGAAGCACUGCUCUAAAGCUAAGUGGUACAAACUACAGGGAAAAUGUAAAUAAGACCACAUGCCAGUGUUUUAUUCAUAUAUUUAUUAACCAAUGCUAUUUAAUAUUUGAGUCAUAUGAUCAACAAGACCCUGAGCCAAAAUGACGAUAAAUGUAAUUUCAGCGCGCUGUGCUAUAUAUGCAAGAAAACAAAGAAGCGUCUUAUACUGUGUAUUAAAUAAUAAAACUUUGUUUAUAUAGCAACAUGUUACAUCCAAAAAUUUUAACAUGUUAAACGCAAGGAACAAGUACAGGAAACUGCGGGACUACAUAGCCAUAUGUUUACAAUAAAUGAAGUAUUUGAA